AUGUCGUUCUGGCCGUUUUCAACCUCCUACAACAACCACAGCAACUUGCUGAAAUUCUUAGACUCGAUUCUGGACUUUUCAACUGUCACCGUGGAUAAUUUGUUGGAUGAUCGUACCCUUCAAGAGGAAUUUAUUGCUGAGCUCGGCACAUUGGCUCUGAAAGCUGGAAAUAAGAACAGUUUUCAGUUAGUACAGCUGCUUAAUGAGGGUCUGCUGGGCAAAAGUGGAGCCUUAGGCGCCAAUUCUGAUGCCGUUUCGGUAUCCUCUUCCAAUAACGACUCUUCAGGUGGUGGCUCUCUUUCCAAAAGUGCUAGGGAGGCCAAACUUCUUGAAUUACUUCUACAGCCGCACAUUCUCAAUGGGUUCUUGGACUACAUUGUGCUAAGUGUGGAUUAUUUUCACGACUUAUCCCAAUUGCCCGAGGAUGAGCUCCCUAAAAAGAACGUUGGUGAUGAUAAUGAAGAUGAUUUCGAAGUUCGUCACCGCCGAUUGGCUCAGAUGAUGGGAGAAGACGUGGAAGAUAGUGGAGAACGUCUACGCCGAUGCAUACACUGCUCUGCCGAAGUACUUUCCACGGAUAUGUGGGUAAUUGCCAACCGAAUCAUAGAGACGCCGAUUAUAAUGGAUAAAUUGUGGCUGAUCUUAUCUUUGCCCAAUUUACUGGAAAAUUCGCCAUCAGUGUCGUAUUUGGUCCAGAUUUUGGACCAUCUCAUGGACCUGAACAGCAUUGAACUUCUCAACUAUAUACGAAGACAAGACAGUUUGGUGGACACGUUCUUGAAUCGAAUUGACAUCCCGAUCUUCAUUGACUUUUUCCUCAAGAUUAUCCAGACCGACAAGGCAGAGUCCCCAACAGGUAUUUUGGAGGUGCUUCAUAGUCAGCAUUUGGUCCCCAAGUUGAUUGAUAUUUUGAAGCCAACAAUCACUGAGGUUGACGAAAAUUGUAACUACAUCGCCAAUCAUGAUCAGUUAUUUCGCCAAACUGCUGCAACUGAGUUUAUCAAAGCUCUUGUCACCAUUUCUUCAAACGCUUCGCUUGCUGUGGAUCUUGAGACAAACAUUGGUCCAAAUCAGAUCACUCGGGAACUUGCAUCACCAAAGAUUAUUAAGAUCAUGAUUGAGGAUAUCAUUCUUGCUCGAAUCAAAAGUACAAGUGAUCCAUCUAUUACUUAUACAAACAAGCAUGGCAUUAGCAACUGUGUUGCCAUAUUAAUAGAACUUAUUCGGAAGAAUAACUCCGAUUAUGAUUUGAAUUGCGGAACUUACGGUACCCAGCUUCAAAACAAUAUUGAGGGCACUGGAGAAGUUAGUGUUCAAGUGAUGUUUCAAUGGUUGAAAGACUUUGAUCAGAACCCUCCUGGUAGCAGGGAUUCCGUCUACUUAGGUGGAUUGCUAACUGUUUUUUCGCAAUAUCUCCCUGAAUUAGUGGCUUUGAUGGAUAUUGAACCACAAGUUCCCAUCGCUCUUAGUGGUGAGCCUCUGGUAUUGGGAAUCACCAAGUUUAAAAUUUCAGAAUUGAUUGCCGAAUUGUUGCAUUGCUCCAACAUGAUCCUUCUUAACUCCAGGAAGAUUGCGGCAAUCGUCCGUAUUAGAGAUAAAAUCAGAGAAUUGCAAGAAGACAAUUUACAACUUGCUAUCAAUGAUACUAUCUUGGAUCCUGUUGACAAAGAGACCGAACUGAUACAGGGAAUCCAAAUUACAGAUGUAACGAGUGGAAUGGAUGAGGUUUCGUUACAUGAUGUCCACCCCGAGCAGCCAGCUAAGAAAUUAAAGCAGAGCACAUCUACGGAGAAUCAGAUCUCGCAGGAAGGCUUGGAAGAUCAAAAAUACCGUGACAUGAUAGAUGUAUUGGAUUUUGAAGACUCUGAUGACGAUGAACCAACUGUGUCAGCCGAGAGCCCAUUUGUGAACGAGGAACGUAGGGAGCAGUUCAUGGAGAAUCCAUGUCUUGGUGACAAAUUCAAGUUGAGCCUUCACCUGCUGGGAAUGCUAAUGAAAAUUGUGAGCAAGUUCACGGAGUAUCCAUGGCACAAUUUUUUUCACAACGUUGUAUUUGAUUUGGUUCAGCAAAUUUUCAAUGGAAAGUUGAACUCAUAUAAUUCAUUUUUAAUCGUUGAGCUUUUUCGUCUGGAUAGGUGCGCAAUUACCGAAGUCAUUGUGAAGUGCUUCAAGGAGGAGAUAACGCCACGUCCAGGUUAUAUGGGACACUUGAUUCUAGUUAGUGAAGAGGUUGUGAAAUUCACUUCGUUGUACAAACCUGCGCUUAUUUCACCAAUGAUUGUGGAAGCAGUUACUUCAAAGGAUUGGGAGUGGUUUGUUAGUGCAGUUUUGCUCAAGACCAGAGAACUUUACAAUGUUAUCUUGGGCGCUGACUCUGAAUAUUUGGAUGAAGCUGAGCAAGGUGAGGAGAAUGGAGAUGAAGAUGCGUUCGGAUUUGACUCCUCCACGGUUGGAUAUAUGGACCUUGAGCCUUAUGAGAACCGGAAGCCAAUUAUUCUCGGAGAUCUGAGUAAUCACGAUGAGUUUGUGCUGCCGGUGGAUGUUGAGGAUGGCGAGAACGAUGAAGAAAGUUUAGAUAACAACAUGAAGAUUGCUGAUGUUCCAAUUGAGAACAUGUCACCCAAGCAGGACUUGAAUAAUGAUUUCGCUGAUUACGAUGACUUCGAGGGAAAUAAGUUUUCUUCUUUGCAAGAGAGUGACUUCUUGGACAAUCUACUGGGAUCGAGCUCGUCUGAUGAAGAAGAGGACAGUCAUCAGCUCCGGCGAGUUCCCAAGCAUUAUGCCUGA